GCAGACGGACCAUGGCGGAGGUUGGCCGGGUGGCUGUGCGGGACCCGGGUGCGCUACUCCCUGGGGGCUUCUGGGCGGCGGUGGCCGUGUGGCUGGAGAGGCCGCAGGUGGCCAACAAACGGCUGUGUGGCGUCCGCCUGGACGCCCGGCGGAGUGUUGGUUUUCCCCGGGCGGAGGCCUGCGGCCACAGUCCCAUCACUGGCCCGCAGCAGGAGGAGCGGGCCGCGGCCAGACCCUGUCUGCGCUCCCUCAGUGGGGGCCUGGGCCCCGGGCCGAGCACAGGCCCCGAGCUGGGCACGGCGGGUCGCGGGCCCGAGGAGUCGCAGCCCCGGCGCCCGCAAGGGGAGGACCCCAGGGAAGCAGCCGCCGCGGCUCAGCUUGCAGGGUGCCCCGGGCAGCCCGGCAAGGCUGGGGUCAGAGAGGGCGAUUUCCCUGCCUCGGAUCUGGAUUCUCUCUGGGACGCUUUCUCUCGGAGCCUCGCCGGCGGCAAUCCAGAGAUGCUGGCCUUUCUUACCGGGUCCCGGGCGGGAUCGCAGCCGGAGGCGCCAAGCGAGCUCGACGUGGUUCUCAGAACCGUCAUCCCGAAAACAGGCCCUCAUUGCCCGCUUGCUGCUCCGAGGAGAGAAAUAGUCGUGCAAGAUGUCCUCAAUGGAACUGUAACUUUUUUACCUUUGGAAGAAGAUGACAGAGGGAAUGUAAAGGUUGAGAUGAGCAACGUGUAUCAAGUCCGGCUCAGUCAGAGCCAGGAAGAAUGGUUCAUAUCUAUUUUAAUUUUCUGUCCAGAAAAAUGGCAUUCAGAUGGCAUUGUUUAUCCCAAACCCGCCUGGCUGGUAGAAGAGCUGCUGGCCAGGCUGGCCCGGUGGUCUGUGGAGAGCAAGAGGAGUGGAUUUAAAAGCACCCUGUCCCUCAUUUCCAUCAUCAAAUACAGCAAGACGUACCAGAUGCUCAAGGAGAAGUAUAAAGAUAUGGUCAAGGUGUGGCCUGAAGUAACCGAUCCCGAAAAGUUUGUGUAUGAAGAUGUGGCCAUCGCUGCGUACCUGCUGAUUUUGUGGGAAGAAGAAAGAGCUGAGCGGGGCUUGAUGGCCAAGCAGUCCUUUGUUGACUUAGGAUGUGGGAACGGUCUCCUGGUGCACAUCCUGAGCACGGAGGGGCAUCCAGGCAGAGGGAUCGAUGUCCGAAGAAGAAAAAUCUGGGACAUGUAUGGACCACAAACUUGCUUAGAGGAAGGUGCAAUCACACCAAAUGAUAAGAACCUUUUCCCUCACGUCGACUGGUUAAUUGGUAACCAUUCCGAUGAACUAACACCAUGGAUACCUGUCAUUGCGGCCAGGUCCUCCUACGGCUGCCGUUUCUUUGUCCUUCCCUGCUGCUUCUUUGGCUUCACUGGGAAAUAUUCCCGGAGGCAGAGCCGGAAGACUCAGUACCGAGAGUACCUUGAUUUCAUCAAGGAAGUGGGGCUGGCCUGCGGGUUUCACGUCGAGGAGGACUGCCUGCGCAUUCCCUCAACCAAAAGGGUUUGUCUCAUUGGGAAAUCCAGAACAUACUCACCUGCUGGAGAAGGUUCCAUGGAUGAGCAGAGAACCCAGUACAUUAACAGCAGGCGGGGCCGCCCCAUGAGCCCACCUGGCGAGGCGCCUGCCCCUCCUCCACCCCGGGCCGCUUUGGGACGCGCAGGUCACCCCGACGGGCCCCAGGCCCCGGACGCCGAGGCUGCCAAGGGAGGGGCAGAGGCCCGAGCCAACCAACUCUGGCUGUCUGGAUUUCAGCCUAGAGAAAAAGCUGAGCGCGUGAGGAAUUGUGCCACCCUCCCUCGAGAUUUUAUUGACCAAGUGGUUUUGCAAGUGGCACAUUUGCUGUUGGAUGGAGAGCAGUUAAACACAGGAAGUGCUCCAAGCAGCAGUUCGAAGGCCUGGAACCGAGGAGGAAGCCUCUCCUUGGCGGAAGUAGCCCGUAAGCUGGACAGGGGGACGCUGCAGAGGUUGAAGCGGGAAUGUGGAGGCCUGCAGACGCUGCUCAGAAACAACCAUCAGGUGUUUGAGGUCCAGCUCCCGCAGGCACGGUGCCCCCCGGGCCUGGCCUUACCCCCGUCCGGGAUGUGCUCACGCCUCACACAGAAGGAAGAGCAAGUUUGAAAGCCUGCUGGCAGGGUGUCACUGGACGACUUUUUGGGUGGGGGAUUUUAUUUGCAUUGGCUCUUGGCUGCCUGCAGACUGGAAGCAUCCCGAGCUCCCAGCUGGGCCCUGGGCGGUUAGAGGAGGAAGCCCCGAUGCCUGUCCGCUCCCCUGACCUGCGUGCCUGCCCCAGGGCCCUUGGGAGAGAGGCUCUCAUCCCCUUCUGCCCCGCGUUCCAGGCUCCCGGGACGGCCAGGAGGUAGAGGGGCCCUUUCACUUGGUCUGCCCCUGGCGUCCCGGAGCGUCUGGGCUGGCGGGAAGGGGGACGCAGAACAGGUGCUCACAUGGGGACCUGGGGUGGAAAGAAGUUCCCUUAUUUAGGGUGUUCAGGCAUGCACCCAUCAUCCAGAUGGUCGAUCCUUUGUCCUCUUUUCUUCUUGAAGCUCUUUUAGCUGCUUUCUUUGUGGAAUUAUUUUGGAGCGAAUCCCAGCCUGCCUGCUCUGUCACCCCUGAGCACUGCAGUGAGGGGCAUCUGGUGUCACCGAAGCACCAUAGGCACGUUUCUGCCGGAGUCGCCAUGUGCAGGAAGGGGGCGGGAGGGCCGUGCUGGGGACAUGACAUCUGGGCUGGGACUUGGUAAAGAGGAAGAGGAAGCACGUUCGUGUAGGGUCUGAGCUGGGGAGGAGCAGGAUUGGGGUGUGAUGGGUGGGGGUGGCCUGCAGCCCCCGGUGGCCGUGAGGAGGUUUUGGGCCUCUGUGACGGGGGAGCGGUGCCACCCGUGUGAUUGACCCCAGUCCACCUCUGGAGUCCCCGUCUCCGGAGUCCCCGUCUGUGCGCCUGUUCUCUGCCAUGUCAGGGGGCCUCGAGGGUCAAGUGCAGGGCCCGGUUCAAGUCCCCCUGCAGCACAGUGUCUGGCUCCUUUGACUUCAUACGAGGAAGCACGUUUUAUUCUGUUCCGCUGUGAGGCGUGCCGUGGGCUAGUGCCGGGUACCACUUCUUUCUGGGAGGCGGGGGCAGGGCGGGGGCAGGGCGUGCACGUGGUAGGGUCUGAGUGAUGGCGUGCGAAGACGUGCUGAGAAUGUGGGUGAAGACCAGGCCGGCAGGGCCAGGCCAUGUGCCCCUGGGGCUGCCUUGCAGCUGCUGAGCCGGGCUCCUGUGAGGGCGUGCUGCCCGCUGGCCUCGUCCCCGCCCUCACCCCACCCGCUCCUGCCAGGCUUAUGCCCCCAGGUUCCCCCAUGUGGCCCCCUGGCUUAUGUUCCACUCACCAUGCUCUUUCCUCUGCUGCAAGGCUGCCUGCUGGCUCCCUGCCGCCGUCCCCGUGCCCUGGCCCUUCUGGUGCUGUCGUCAGAGUGCUAGACCCCAGCCUGGACACCUUGUCUACACUGCUUCCCACCCGCUCCUGCCUCUCUGGGCCCCCAGGGUCUGCGUGUGCUUCUGUCCCUCGGCCUCCUGCGUUUGGCCACACCACCGCCCCAGCUCGACUGUGCGCUCCCUGUGGGUGGGGCCGGGAGGGGCGGCCCGAGGGGCAGCCCGGAGCCCAUGUCACAGCACGAAGACAGAGCAGCCGGGUGAGGAAGACACUUCCCUGACCCCUCCUCCGAGGGAGAUGAUGAGUGGGGGGAGACCACUGAGUCCCAGAGUCCCCAGUCUGUAAGGUGCCACCUGUGAGCAGAGCCCAAUGCAGGAGGAGGGGGAGGCCCGUAGGCCUCGCCUAGGUAUGCGGGCAGUUAUCUGAGCCCCAGGAUUUAGGUCAUUCCCCACACCCCGACGCUUGUGCAGCUGAUGAGAAGGGUGGUUGGACAGUGACUCAGGGCCGGUGUCCACGGCUGAUGGAAGCACAUCUGUCCACUCCCAGCCUGUAAAGCUAAGGGAGUUGGGCACUGUUACCUUCUCUUUCUUGCCCGUGUGUGCACAUGACGCAGGAGAGCUCAGGUGAGCAUGGCCCACAUGUGUGCACGGGAGAGCUCUCGGGUAUGCUUGGGUGUGCGCGGCCCCCCACGUGUGCAUGGGAGAACCUGGGUGCAUGCAGCCCCCACGCAUGCGCGGGAGAGCUCGGGGGCUCAGGCUUACAGUGCCUUUGGGUGGCCCAGGUGCCCUUGUGGAGCUAGACUUUGUUUUCGUUUAAACCUGGCUUUGCUCGGGGAAGUGCUUGGGAUGACAUUGAGCCCUGUAAGCAGAACUGGAGUGUCCACGGUUGGGGUGGCUGCGGAGGCUGGGGCGUGGGCGGGCAGGCCCCCCGCUGGGGAGUGGAGCCGCUGGGAGGAGGGCGGCCUUCCUGAACCCGCAGUUCCUGCUCCAGCCGAGCUCUGGCACAGCGGCCUGGGAUCUGCUCUCCGUUUCACAAGGCCUUUGUCCCUGAAAACACUCACUGCAACCCAGAAGGGCUGCUCUUCUGUUUUUCCCAGCAUGGCUUUUUGUUUGACUUCAAGAAAUCGUAGCGCUUUUUUUUUUUCCACCAUAAAUAUGCAUGUAUGUGAUUGCUUUUCUAUGCAGUUCACAUGGGGGCGGGCACAUUUAUUUUUGGAAAACACUUCUGGGUAGGCGGCUUGGGGACUGAGCUCUGAGUAAACAUUUUGCUCACAGUCAUGCAAAAACUAUGCACCAAGGCUGCUCUUAUCUCCGAGGGUGUUUUAAAUGAGAGUGGCUAGUUUCUGGUCGUGUUUACAGGGCCGAGGAGGUAAGAUUGAUUUUGGAUGCCUUCAGUUCCGCCAGCGCUGAGCACCUUGGGAAGUACGGGCCGGUGCCCGGGCGGGCACAUGCUACCGUCUGGGGCGGUGGGGGGUGGGGGCGUGGUGGGCGCGGCCCUGGCCGCAUGGUCCCUGGCCGCGGUGCUGUCACUCCCUGUGCUGGCCAUGGUGAACGUGUGGCUGCCACUGACAGCUGGGGACUUGCCCAAAGUCUCUCCUAAAUGGAGAGACUGGCCUGGCAACCCAGGCCACGUCUGAUCAGAACCUGAGCACGGGGCACGGUUCCGGUAAAUUGUCCAUAGUGACUUUCUGGAACAGCCUGCAGCUGGUUCCUCAGAGCGCUUUGGCUGUGGUAAUGUCUGCUGUCAGAAGCAGGUGGGGAACGGACCAGCAGGUUCUGUGCGCUGCGUUCGGCAACUCCGAGGGAGUGCAUACUUUGGGAGGAAACGGAAAUGUCAAAUCAGGAACCUGAUAGAACGUAUUGUGUUCCUGUGAUUCCAUUUUAGAAUCUGGAGUAUAUUUCCCCCUGGGGAGAGUCCACUGGUGCUCUGACCCGUGAGCCGGCUACAGUGGGUACAGGUGCCCGGCCCAGGCCUACCCAGGACCGGGGCUGGGGGUGUCAGGAGGGGCACGGCAGAGAGCUGCCCUGGAACGUGCAGGCGCACGGGAGCAUGUCACGGUCUCUGCCAGGGCCGGUCCUCUGUCAUUGGUGCCCAGGCCCCCUUUCCCCUGACCGUGAACGUGGCGAGGUGCCCUUUUAACUCACAAGACGGCCUGGUAUGGGCCAGCCAGUCCUCAGGGGAGGGGCCCCCUGUGGAGGCUUUGGCCCCCCCCACCUUGCCCUCUCCCCAGGUUUCUCUUGAACACGUCCAGGCCUCUGGGCUGGGCCGAGGGCUCCUUGCAUUUUUAGGGUGCACACCCCAGGCACCUGGUGGGAGUCUUGCCUUGGGGCUCCUUCGGGACACACUUCAGGGCCACGUCCUUCUGCUGCGGGGACAUCCAUCCAGUGGAACCCAGUGAUGUUCCCCUGACCUGAGCUUUCACACCGAGGAAGCUAGGCGUCAGCCUUGUGGGGAACAGUGUGGGAGGCCGGCUCCGAAGAGGAGACCGCUGUGCCAGGCCCUGAGUAGGUGCUUCUUGACUGCCCAUGACAGAGCCUUCCAUUGUGGCCCUCCGUGCAUGGGGCGCCUCUCUGCAGCUCCUUUCUCUGGUUUAAGGGAAAAUGUUUAAUAAAUGGCAGUCUGCAGAGACAGUUUUGUUAUUGCAACACAAGGCCAUUUGAAAGCAAACUCUAAGCUUUAAUUCGUGCUUUCAAGUUCUUGUUAGAAGUUGGAGAGCCAGAUUUAUUCACUAAGCUUCCUUUAUUUCUCCCCGAGCCUGUCUGUCGCCAGGUGAUUUUAUAGCUUCCAGGGAAAACCAGGAUGCAUUUGGCUGCUUUGGCCACGUUUCCUUGGAGUUGCUGGCUUCUGGGGGUCGAAUGGCCAGGUGAACGCCUGUGGGGAGUCUCAGCCCGAAUGGGGGCGACUGGCUCAGGAGGCAGCUGGGUGGGGGGCCCGGGCAGCUGCUGGGGCCAUACCCCCCAGUCCCCGUGUCCUGCGGCAGCCCCCACCCUGCUGAUUGGCUGCUGUACCCCUCCUCACUGUUUGCACUUGGGGACUCUGGCUGUGAGGGAUGCCAGUAAACCCUCAUCUUCGCCUGCCUAGAAAGGAGCUUUGCUUGUUUUUCUUUGAUGCGGAGGUGAGGUUCUCCAGGUCAGAUGCCACCGCAGCUUCCCAAGUUGCACCCGAGUCUGGGACCACACGUGGCUCUUACGCCGUGGUCUCCCAGGCCCUUGGCCUCGUUGCCCACAGGCCCAUCCUGGUGCGUCCCCAGCCACUUGUCCGUGGUCACAGCCUGGAUCUUGUCAGCAGCGGGCCCUCAGCUUCCCUACGGUUUUUCACCCCAGCCCCUGGUGUCCAGCGUGCGCCUCCUGACGGCCCCUGACCCCUGACGCUGGCCCCUCCAGGCUCCCCCAGCCUGCUCCUCGCCUGCUCCCUCGGGCCCUCCCUCCCACCCCCCUGCCUGCCCCGCCGGGCUGAGGCUCCGGGCUCGGACGGCCGGUGUCUGGGGGGCUGCCGCCCCAGGCCCUGGUGAGUCGGUGGGCUCGGAGGAGAACACCCGGGCCAUGUCUUCUCUUUGUCCCGAGCACAGUUCUGAAUGGGAGCGUUCACAUCCGCGACUGGAGAGAGGAGAAGCCGCACAGGCAGCAGUGCCCAGAGGCCAAGCGGAGGCUCUUCUCGGAGGC